GGGACAGGAGCCCAGAGCUACCGGGAUUUCCCCAGGAUCCAACUCCCGCCCAGCACUGCCCGGGAGGGAGGGGACAGCUGACUGAGUUGAGGAAACUCCCCAGGAACCUGUUUAUCUGCUUCCUGGCCAGGCUGAGGCUCCAACUACAAGGACAGGGACCAGGCUGUCAUGGCCUCGGCCCUGAAUCCACCUCGGGGCCCCAAGCUCAAAGGUGCUCCGCCAUCCCACUACUACGAGAGCUUCCUAGAGAAAAAGGGACCCUGUGACCAGGAUUACAGGAAGUUCUGGUCAGGCCUCCAGGGCUUAGCCAUCUGUUUCUACAACAGCAAUCGGGACUUGCAGCCCCUGGAAAAGCUGGACCUGAGGCUGUUUUCAAAGCUCAAAGAUGAGGCUCUGUUGGGAAGCUCACGGGACACCGCCUAUCACUUCAGCCUGGUUCUCCGGGACCAGGAGGUUAAAUUCAAGGUAGAGAACCUGGAGUCUUGCGAGAUGUGGAAAGGAUUUAUCUUGACUGUGGUGGAGCUCCGUGUCCCAUCUAACCUGACCCUGCUGCCCGGACACCUGUACAUGAUGGCGGAGGUCCUGGCCAAAGAGGAGGUGCGGAGGGCAGCCGAGGUGCCCUGGUGCUUUCUGAAGGUGAGCAGGCUAGAGGCGCAGCUGCUCCUGGAGCGCUACCCAGAGUGCGGAAACCUGCUUCUGCGGCCUGGCGGGGAUGGCAAGGACAGUGUGUCCGUCACUACCCGGCAGAUACUCAAUGGGUCGCCCGUAGUCAAACACUACAAGGUGAAGCGGGAAGGUCCUAAAUAUGUGAUCGACGUGGAAGACCCGUUUUCCUGCCCCUCGCUAGAAGCUGUGGUCAACUAUUUUGUGACGCAAACCAAGAGGGCGCUGGUCCCCUUCUUGUUGGACGAGGAUUAUGAGAAGGUUCUAGGCUUCGUGGACUCGGAUCAGGAGAAUGGCGAGAGUGCAUGGGCUGUGCCUUCCUUCCGAGGCUCAGGCCCUGCUCUCCCUGCUAAUGUCCCGAAGCCACUCCCACCUAUACCUGUGUCUGUGUCCAGCCAGGAAGACAAGUUGCCUCAGUUACCUCCCCUGCCUCAGUUUCCAGACCAGGAUGAGAACUAUGUGAUUCCCAUCGAUGACUCCUCAGCAGCUGAGUACAUGAAUCAGGAUGUGUCUCUCUCCAGUCAGGCAGUCCCCCUGAAGCCCAAGAAGUUGGCAAGGCUCCCAGCAAAACCCCCAAAGCCGCCAGUUGUGCCUAAGCCAGAUCUCAAAGCCUUUACCGGCAUCUGGACCAGGAAACUAGGUGGAAGUUCACCCCAGGCUCCCCCCCUUGUGACAAGACUUGGGGAUAUCACCGCUGAGCUGGAAGAGAAACUGCAGAAGAGGAGGGCACUGGAGCACUGAUCCAGGCUCCCAGGGACCAGUGGGCCAUCUCCACCAGCUCUGUCACUCAGGGGACAGGACACUGACAGCUUGGUGCAAAAUGUCCUCCCAAAAGUAAAGCAGGGAGACCCCUGGGAAUUUGGGGUUACCCUGAACUGUACUGUGAGUUUCACGGUAGUCUGGGCUACCAAGCGAGAACUUGUUUAAUAAAGCCAGAACCUAAACCAAAA